AUGUUUGAAAAAGGGUUGAGGCGACUGGGGGUCGUAAGGCGGUUUUUUUCAGCGAAAACUGACACUUCAUUGGUGAGGAAUAUUGGAAUAAUAGCACACAUCGAUGCCGGUAAGACUACCACCACUGAGCGCAUGCUUUACUUCAGCGGUAAGACAAAAAGGAUAGGUAACGUUGAUGAGGGAGACACUAUCACCGACUUUUUGCCUCAAGAGCGCCUAAGAGGCAUUACAAUCCAAAGUGCCGCGAUCUCUUUUAACUGGCAGAACAAGUUCAGAAUCAAUUUGAUUGAUACUCCGGGCCAUGCAGACUUUACCUUUGAGGUCAUAAGAUCUUUGAAAGUGCUGGACGGAUGCGUAACUAUUCUAGAUGCGGUAGCUGGUGUAGAAGCACAGACUGAAAAAGUGUGGAAACAAGCCAAGGGUAUACCGAAGGUGUGCUUCAUCAACAAGAUGGAUCGUGCUGGUGCCGGUUUCAGUCGUACGGCAAAAGAGAUAAUUGCUAAACUGAAUACUCGUAUUUUACUUGUAAAUACCCCCAUUUUCACUGCGGACCCUGUUUCAAGGGAACCGGUGUUUGAAGGUGUGUUGGACGUUGUAGCACAAAAGGUGUUGAGGUGGGAUUCUAAAGACCCACUAAAGGUGUCUGUCGAGGAGGUAACAGUGGACUCUCAGUAUUGGAGUGAACUUGUACAGCUGAGGGAAUCCAUGAUCGAAACAUUAAGUGAGUUUGACGAGGAACUGGUGGAAUAUUUUCUGGAGACCGCAGAAGGCGAAUACAUGAGAAUACCUUACGAUGUUCUGAUCAAAUCAAUUCGAAAACUUACGCUGGCUAACUUUGCUACUCCCAUACUUUGCGGAGCCUCAUUUCGUAACAUGGGCGUCCAACCAUUGUUAGAUGCUGUUGUCAAUUAUCUUCCGUCACCAUUGGAAGCCAAAAAGCCAGAAAUCAACACAGACGUCUCCAUCGAAGUGAGUCAAAAAGGAGGCGCUGUCGUCAAUAAAAACAAUAACUUAUGUGUGGCACAGGCCUUUAAGGUAAUUACAGACCCCAUCAGAGGAAUUAUGAUUUAUGUUAGGGUUUAUGCCGGGUGCUUAAAUAGCGGGUUCACCGUUUACAAUUCGAGCACCGGUGCCAAAUUCAAAAUCGGAAAACUGGUUGUAAUGCACGCCAAUGUUGCAGAAGAAGUCAAGGAGCUGAGAUGUGGCGAAAUUGGUGUAUUGACGGGCUCAACCGUUUCCGAAAAUGUUAGGACGGGUGACACAAUUGUGACGCACUGUAUUAAAAAGGAUGGUCUUAGAUCGCUAGACAAAAUAAAAGAAUUGGGGCUAAAAAUCAAUCCGAUCGAGACGCCGCCGCCUGUGUUCAGCGCCGCUAUUGAGCCCAGGACCCUGGGUAACAAAAAGAUGAUGGAAGAUUCCAUUUCUAAGCUUAUAAGGGAAGAUCCUAGCUUGCAUGUUAGUGUCGAUGAGGAGACUGGCCAAACGCUGCUCAGCGGAAUGGGUCAGCUGCAUCUGGAAAUUGCCAAGGAUAGACUUCUUAACGAGCUCAAUGCUGACGUGGAAGUUGGAAAAGUCAUGGUCUCCUACAAAGAAACGAUAAAUGCAUGCUGCGAGGUCCAAGAUUUAGAAACUGAGGAUGGCUUUAAAUUUUCUAUUACUGUUGAACCACUAGAAGUUGCUAGAGCAUCGAAAAAUCAUGAUGAUCUUUGGCAGUCGCUUUCAUUGGAUGAUAAUUUUCUGAUUAUGGAAGGCCAAUUGAAUCAUGGUCAGGAGUGGCCUUUUCAAGUGACCCUUGAACAGAUCACAAGUGCCUUGAUAUCAAGCAGUAUUGCUGCCUUACAGAAAAGCGGCAAGAUUGCCAAUUUUCCGUUGCACUCAUGUGUUGUAAGAGUUAAAAGUGGCUGGACCAUCCCCUUAGAUGAAACUUCGGUGUCCAAGAUUCUCACUCAGACCAGAAUGUUAAUCUUCGAAGCUUUGAACAAACUUGAAAAAUCAGAGUUUGCGGUGUUGGAACCUAUAAUGCAUAUCAGUGUGAAUGUGAAGCAAGGUGAUAUGGGUCAUGUUUUACAGGACUUAACUGGUGCUCGGAAAGCCAACAUUCUGUCCAUAGACGAUGAAUACGAUAUGAAUAGCGGGGAAAACGUGGAUGUAAAAUUCCAAAAAAUAGCCGAAGAUCAAUACCUGCCAAAAGAUUCAACGAUGGGCAAGGCCAGUAUUUCGAGUAGCGCAACAGCCAAUAAGACUAUCAGAGCUUUGGUGCCACUUAAAGAGAUGGUGACAUAUAUGAACCGGCUGAGAAGUUUAACACAAGGCAGUGGAAGCUACCAUAUGGGCUAUCAUGGGAUGGAGCAGGUAACCACUGAUCGAUUACCCAACAUUUUGGAGAAUUAUUAA